UCUCUCUUCGAUUUCCACAAAUAUCCAAUUUUUUUGUUUUCCAAAUUCCAAAAGAAAAAUCAUCAAAAUCAAAACAGGAGAUAGCCAUCCUUCCCUAAAGAAAGGUACCCUUUGCACUCAAUUUCAAUUCACACCCUUUAGCGGUUUCUCAUCUCCUCUUUUAUUCUUUGAAUUUCUGUGCUUUUUUUUUCAUUUUUAAUUUUUGAAGACAAUUUCAUCGACCCUUUGAUUUUCUUGUCAAGAAAAUCGGGUACAAUCUGAAAAGAUAUAUAACUCGAGUUUGAGAGUAGUUCCAGUAAUCAUUAGUCUUUGUAAAACUAGAGUUUGACUUUCUAAAUUAGGAUACUUUUUUCUGAUCUUCUACGGGGUGUGAUUGAAUUGGGUGUUUUUUUACAAGGUUUUCUUGUAAUUUGGUGACUUGGGUUUUCUCUUUAGGUUGAAUCUCUACUUUAGUUUGUACCUUGAGGUUGUGAUUGAAUUGGGUUUUUGUAGUUUUGCUGAUUUUAGGGAAUUUGUUUGUAUAUAUUGUUAGGUUUAAGGUUCCUUUUUGGAGGUUAGAUCUUUAGGAGCAAAAACAUUUUUAUGGCAUUUGAAUGCCAAAAGGAUACUGGGAUUUGUUUGAAAAAGGAUUUAGCGGAUUUUUCAGAUAAUUUUGCUGAUCAAGAAGUUGAUACUGAUCAAAUAAUUACAUCUAACAAUCAAAAGAAAGUCAUAUUUGAGUUUGGAAAAGUAAAACCCAAAUCAAGUUUUCAUGCAAAAGGUGGGAACUCGAGCUCAACUAGCGAAAGUUUGGUGCCUGCUGCUGAGGUUUUGCCAAAUUCGUGUCGGUCGAUUACUGAUCUUCCUCAAGCCUUGAUAUCUGAAAUCCUCAACUGCUUAGACCCUAAGGAGCUUGGGAUUGUUUCUUGUGUUAGUAAAUUCUUGUAUUGGCUUGCAUCUGAGCAUGAUGUGUGGAAGGAGUUCUAUUGUGAGAGGUGGGGGCAUCCGAUAACUCCAGCCUUAGAGCUGGAGGAUACAGAUGAGAGGUCGUGGAAGGAGCUCUUCGUGGAGAGGGAGUUUCGUAGUAAAACAUUUCUGGGGCGUUAUAGUAUUGAUGCGCUGUAUGGGCACACGGAAGCUGUGAGAACUGUGUUUGUUCUGGCAUCGAAGAAACUUAUUUUUACGUCAGGGUAUGAUCAGAUAGUGCGGAUGUGGAACAUGGAAGAAGGGUUGUCUAUUGCAUCGUCCCGCCCUCUUGGCUGCACAAUUCGUGCUGUUGCUGCUGAUGCAAGACUCUUGGUAGCUGGUGGAACAGAUGGAUUUAUACAUGGGUGGAGGACAGAGGAUGGAAAUCCUCAUCUGUUUGACCUGAAGGCUCAAAACCAAAACUUGGAAUUCCGUCUUUGGGAGCAUGAAGGGCCAAUUACAUGUGUUGCGUUGGAUUUUACUAGGAUUUAUAGUGGUUCUUGGGAUAUGACAGUACGUAUUUGGGAUCGAUCUACUUUGAAAUGUCUGAAUGUUCUGGUGCAUAGUGACUGGGUUUGGAGCCUUGUUCCUCAUGAAAGUACUGUGGCAACUGCUGCAGGUUCAGAUGUUUAUAUCUGGGACAUUAAUACAGGGAUGCAACUUGCUGUUAUCAACAAUGCUCAUGUUGGGAAUUCUUAUUCUUUGGCACGAAGUCACACUGGAAAGCUGUUAUUUACAGGAGGUGAAGAUGGAGCCAUUCAUAUGUUUGAGGUUACUACUAAUUUGGGUUGUAAGGUUCAGAAGAUCGCAAAAUGGAUUCCUCACACUGGUCCUGUUUUUUCUCUUGCAUUUGAGUUCCCUUGGCUUGUUUCAGCAUCUAGUGAUGGGAAGCUCUCACUGAUUGAUGUCAGAAAGCUUUUGAAGAUGAGCAGGGAUUCGUUGACUGAAAAAUCUUCCAAGGUUGUUCACCUGGAUGAGAAAAAUGUAGAGCCUCCACAGAGGAUGCUUCAUGGAUUCGGGAGUAAUUUGUUCUCAGUGGAUGUUGGUCCUGAUCGUAUCGUUUGCGGAGGUGAAGAAGGUGUUGUCAGGAUCUGGAACUUCUCUCAAGCAUUGGAGAUUGAGAAGAGGGUACGUGCGUUGCGAGGCUUAAGAUUGGAAAACAGAAUGAGGAGGCGUAAGCUCCAGACUGAAAUGAGUUCAAAAACUGGCCGGAGUGACCAAUGUUCAGUUGCAGCUAAGAAAAAUCAAAUUGGCGGUGACAGGAAUAGCUGGCACAACAGGCGUAGGGUGAGUGGGAAAUUGAAGGCUUGAAGAGAACUUCUGAUUGUCUUUAAGAUCUGCCUGCUAUUGAAGUUUCUCUGUUUUCUAAUCAUUUAUCUUAUGGUCUAGUUUCCAGGUGUCUCCUAAUUCUUAAUAUCGCUUUUGACAUAUUAAUCAUAUGGUUGCUGUCUCUUAGCAAUAGUGAACUGUAUUUUGGGUUCAACCGUCGUUUCUCUUAACCCUUUUACUUAUAAAAUAGUGCUUUCUUCUGAGCUGAGAGGUUCAAACCCGAUCAA